AUGCACGAGGGAAUUACGCUUUCCGAAGCGUCCCGCCUGAACAAGGGAGGCAGCGAGGUCGGGCGACUUUUCAUUGCUGAAGUAGAGGUUGAUGAUGCACGAGACCUGCAAGGAUUAUCAGUUCGAACAGACGGUCAAGGGAGACGCUUUCUCCCCGUUGCAGCAGCAGGUGUACGGGAGAACUGGCGGCCGGACUAUAUCAAGGUGCACGAGCAUCUCAAACCUAUAUUUGAGCAGGCAGAUGCGGAGGGUGCGGCCUUUUAUGUCGACUUCUUGAUCUCUGAUUUUAGGACCGGCGAUGCACGUAAAGGGGCCGGUGCCGCGCUGAUUCGAAAGCUGAAAGAGUACUCAGUGUCCAGAGGGGCCAAAUCAUUGUUCUUAGACUGUUGGGAUGGGAACGGCCGCAGUCUGUUGAAUUUCUAUAUUGGCCAGGGUUUUGAUCAUGUUGCGGACUUUUCUAAUGAGAGGCCUGACGCCGAAGAUUGGCAUGGUUGUCUUGCCAGGAUGAACCUUUAA